AAUAAGGAAAUGAAAGCAAAGAAAAUGGCAGCAUGGAGCUCAGCGGAUCUCUGGUGGAUUCUGUUCUCUGUCAGCUUCUUCUUUACUUCUACUGAUCAGAGAAACAUUGCAGCAGAACCUGGAGAAGACAUCAUCCUGCCUUGUAGAGCUGAUGACAACAAACCUGUUACCGUUUUACAGUGGAGGAGAACUGAUCUGGGGUCAGAAUAUGUUCUUCUGAUUAGAAACGAUCAUAUAGAUCCAGACAACCAGCAUCCAUCUUUUAGGAACCGAGUGGAUCUGCAGGACAGACAGAUGAAGAAUGGAAAUGUGUCGUUGGUUCUGAAGAACGUGACGACUAACGAUACCGGAACAUAUGAGUGUCGAAUCCAGAAUGAAGGAGGCCGUGAUACAAAACUUAUCAACCUGGAUGUUGUUCCCCCAGGGUGCAAGGAUGGAGGGAACAAGGAUGCAGGAGACAAGGAUGGAUCCAUUGGACUAAUAGUUGGUCUGAUCACAUUUGCUGCUGUUGUUGCUGCUGGUGUUUUAUUUGUGAUGUAUAGAAGGAAAUCUGCUUGCUUUAGGGAGAAGACCCCAGAUCCUCCAGCUGAUCUGUAGAUUUAAUCUAUCUGCCAUAGAUCUGUGGACAUCAUUAUGGAUGUUGGUGGUUUUCUAAUCUAUAAAUGAACAGCAUGAAAUAAUUUCCUCCUGCUGACUCAGCUACAGCAGAUGAGAAUGAAAUGUCUGUUACCUCUCUAAACGUUAAAUGUUCUGCUGGUUCUGAUGGAUCACAACAGAUCAACCUUCUGCUGUCAUCAACCAUGACUUCAUUGUUACUGAAUAGCUUCACUGGUGCUAUAAGUUAUGGACUGAAAGGCUUAGAAAGGUCCAUUUUAAUUUAAACACAUUCAUUUUGUUUGGUUGCUUUAAAUCUCAGAUGAUUAAUCAUCAAAAUAUGUUUAAUAAAAACAUUUCAGCACCAAGACGCCAAGAAGAGCUUCAUGAAACUGAGCUCUGAGUGACUCUUUGUUUCUGUUUGAUGAGAAUUUCUUAGAUAAUCAGAUCUCAUGUCUUUUCAUUCAGUGUUAAAUGUCUGAUAAUCUGAAGGUGAAGGUUGUUUUCUUUCCAUUAUCAUAAAUCCAUUAUUGUCUUCAUGUUCAUCAGUCAUUAAAACCAACACCAGGUCAGGAUUCAGUGUCUUGUUGAGACCUGGUGUUAACAUGGAUCCUGGCUGAUCAGGACCUCAGUAGACCAGACCAGAGAUGAUUCACAGUAAGAGCCGUCCUGAGUGGUCCGAUCACACUGAUCUGCUCUACAAGGAAAUGAAACAAUAAAUGGAUUCAUCUCAGUCACUUCUGAGAUAUUUUGGGAACAAACUCUGAAUAAACUCAGCUGUGAAGCUUAGAAGAUGUGACUGAAGAGAGGAAACAGAGGAGACAUGUUGUUGGGCUGUACUGAGCUCGGUAUCAGCUGACAGAUUAUAAAACAGAAACAUAGUGAAACAACUGAUGGGUCACAUGUCCAACAUUACUCUGCAUGCUGGACAUUUCUACAGGUCGACUUUAAUGUGUUUAAACGUCUGAAUUUAGCUCUGUGAGGACUUGAUCUGAUCACUCAGGACGCAUGUUAGUGCAGGUGUGGGCGGGGCCUCAUUUCAGGUGUUGCAGGAAAUAUGAAGUACAAUCAAAUCAAUAUUCAAUGAAGUAUUCUGUUUCUUUUUGCUUUUUUAUCCUUUGAAUUCAUAUUUAUUCAAAGCAAAGCAGCAUCUGAGCUUCUGAUUUAUUUCCAUCAUCGUGUUUCUGCACCAGUUUGGGCCUUUUUAUAAAAGUGUUUUAUUCAGAUAUAUGUUCAUUAGAGAUAUGAUCUCCUUCUCUGAACAGUGAAGUAAUUAUGACAAAGUAUUAAUGCAGCUUUGGUUGUUCCUUGUUAGCAGCUUCUGGCCUUUGCUUCCUGCCUGACUCUCAUGUAUUGAAGCUAAAUGUGUUUUUACUCUGAGCUGACCACCUGUCUGUGGAUAAUCCUCCUAGGCUGUUUUAGUGAAUGUAGAAACUGAUCUGGAAUCAGCCCAAAGAACAACCUGAUCUGCUGUUGAGUAUUAUUGAUGUUCCUGAAUCCAGAUGUUGACACAAAGGAAGGAAGAGAUGUUGGUCUGAAGGUUCCUACCAGAUCCAUUGAAAUAUUUAACUUCACUAAUAAACAGCUUUAAGCAGCCAGAAUAAUCUCAUCACUUAUUUAUUAUUUUUCUGGUCAUUUUAAUCAGGAUUUCUUGAAAUUAUAUCUUGAAUGUCCUAAACUUGAACCAUAAUGUUCCAGUUUUUCCUGUGUUUCUGUUUGAUGUUUCUCCUGAAUAAAAGUCAGACUUUAUAUAUACAAGUAAAA